CAAAAACGUAACUGCAGUUUCGACGUAUCCUGGCAUCCCUUAAAUUUGUUGACAUAUUACAGAUUCACGUCCGAAAAAUGAUGAAAGCAAAGGAGUGUUUACUUUUUCUAUUUGACCGGCCUAAAGAGCCGCUGUCUAUACCAAAGGGCCCCGAUGGAGUUAGGUUUGACGUUCCUAAAGAAUAUUUGAAAGAAGAAUACCAAAAUAUUGUAGAGAAGCAUCAGCAAUGGCAACUGAUACCUACAAUUGCAAAGUUAAGAAUUACUCCAAGAACUCCUUUCAGCGCAGAUGAUUAUGAUGAAGAUCGUAUCCCUUACGAUGAUGAUAAAUCUCACCACGACAAAAAGACUGUUCGUGUUAAACCCAUUAAGUUGCCUUCCUUAGCUGAAAUAACUGAAAUAGGGAAAAACGAAAAUUUUUCCUUAUUUAUCCCGAAACACCAAAAGCUACAAAAACACCAAAGCAUUGCUGCAAAGCUAACAUCGUUAUUUAUGGAAAUGAAAGAUUGCGACGAACUGCUGUCUUUGGCCUGUUACGCUCGAGAACGUGUUAAUCCUCUUCUUUUUCACUAUGCGUUAUCUGUGGCUUUAUUACAUCGGACUGAUACAAGAGAUUUAGAUUUGCCAUCCGUAGUAUUUUCAUUCCCCGAUAGAUACAUCGACAGAACAGUUUUUGGCAAAGUUCCAGAAGUUACUGCUUUAGCAGAGGGGGAAAGGACCCCGAUUACCAUACCUAUGAAUUAUACGGCAUCCAACUUGGAAGAUGAACAUCGUAUAGCAUAUUUUCGAGAAGAUAUCGGAAUAAAUCUUCAUCACUGGCACUGGCAUUUGGUGUAUCCCAUGGAGGGAAACAGAGAUAUUGUUAAUAAGGAUCGCAGAGGGGAACUCUUUUACUAUAUGCACCAACAGAUUAUAGCAAGAUAUAAUUUUGAACGUCUUUGCAACGGAUUGAAUCGAGUGGAAAAAUUUACCAACUUUAACGACCCCAUCUUGGAGGCCUAUUAUCCGAAACUCCAUAGCAAGGUUUCCAACCGAGAUUAUCCUGCUAGAGUAUCGAACAUGAGGUGGCAAAACUUAAAGAGAGACCGUGACGACUUAUGUGUCGAUGUAGAACAGAUGGAACGUUGGAGACAUAGAAUAUAUAAUGCUAUUCAUAGGGGAUACGCUACAGAUAAACAGCGUAACUCGGUAGAACUAACCGAAAACGAAGGCAUCGACAUUUUGGGUAACAUGUUAGAAUCCAGUAUUCUUUCUCCAGAUAGAGAUUUUUAUGGUAAUUUCCAUAAUAUGGGUCAUAAUUUCGCUGCCUACAUUCACGAUCCUGAUUUCAGACACCAGGAAUGCAUUGGUGUUAUGGGCGAUUCUUCGACUGCUAUGCGAGAUCCAUUUUUCUACCGCUGGCAUGCAACUAUCGAUGACAUAUUCCAAAAUCAUAAGGAUACGUUGCCUGGUUAUACUGAAAAGCAAUUAGGUUUUGAGAACGUUGUUGUCCAAGAUGUCAAAGUCCAAACGCAAGGUGCUCCUGUUAACACGCUUCAAACGUAUUGGCAACAGUCCCAAAUAGACCUCUCAAGAGGCCUGGAUUUCCUCCAAGCUGGUGGAGCUGUUCCUGUAAAGUUCAUACAUCUGCAACACAAACUAUUUGCCUAUGAGAUAACUGUCAACAAUGCUAACUCCUCUCCCACUGUUGGCACUUGUAGAAUAUUCAUGGCUCCCAAAUUCGACGAAAGAGGCAACCCAUGGGUUUUUAAACAUCAGAAGAAUAUGUUUAUUGAGUUGGAUAAGUUUAGAGUAAAUCUGAAAUCCGGACAGAACUCAAUAACCAGAAAAUCGAGCGAAUCUUCAGUGACGAUUCCAUUUGGAAGAACUUUCCGAGAUUUGGAUAAAAAUAGACCAGAUGAAACUGAUGUCAAAGCAACGACUAAAUUCGAUUUUUGUGGAUGUGGUUGGCCAGAAAAUAUGUUGAUACCAAAAGGAAAUGAACGGUUUGAAGCAGAACUAUUCGUUAUGAUUUCUGAUUAUUCUGAUGAUAAAGUUCCCAACAGCGAUACUGAAAAAUCCUGUGAUGCCGGAAGUUAUUGCGGCCUUAGGGAUAACCAAUAUCCUGAUCGUCGGUCUAUGGGUUAUCCGUUUGAUAGGCAACCUAGAAGACCUACAGAAUCUACAAACAGUAUUACUCUUCAACAGUUCCUUACACCGAAUAUGAAAGUCACAGAUGUGUUUAUUCAGUUCAACAACCAAGUAGAUACAGCACCUGAAGUUAAUGAACCACCUACCGAUGAGCCCUUAGAAACUUCACCUAAAAAAGAAAAAGAACCAGGACAUAUCUUUGCAGCCGAUUAAACCAAGUGUCAGGAUUAGGGAUGGAAUUAUUUAUAUCAUUAUCCGAGUUUACUCCUUGCGAAAGGAUUCAUUAAUGUUUAUUCAGAUUUUUUUUAUUAUUUUGAACUGCUUACUUUGUAUUUACCAUGUACUGUGCAUAACUAACCUUGUACGCUUUAGGCAAACGCUGUAUUACUUUUGGUAAUAAAUUUAAAUAUUGCUUUACCUUUUA